AAUUCGUAAUCCUCCGAAAAACACACAAACUCAUCUUCCAUGGAAACGGUGCUUUACCUCUGCCAUGGCAUCCCACCCACCAUGCCCCUGCCUCCUGCAACAGAAAACAAGCUUUGUUUCAACUCUAGACGUUCUUCUUCUCUUUCACUAUCUAGUGGUCGUAAGAAAACAUUGAGGGGAAGAGUCAUUGAAUGCAGCGGCGGAAGGAAACUGAAGAGAGGGGCUUCAUUUCAGAGUACAGCGACUAAACUAGGCGCCCUAAAAUCUUUAUUAGAUGUGAUGAACUGCUUGGAUUUGCAUCGAUCGGACACCCACAACACCCAGGAGCUUACUCAGCAGAAGGCAGUUGAGAUACUGAAAGAGGAAUACCAGAAUUGUGAGAAGGAAACCCUUCGCGAUCCCUUCGUAUAUGCUGAAAUUCUUAUCUGUUUGGGAAGAUUCAAAGAAGCCCUGGAACUUGAUUGUUUAAAGGAAAGCCACCCUUCUGAUCUCCGGCUCAAACUUUACAAGGCUAUAAUAUAUACCAUGUUGGCACGUAGUUUCUGGGAAGAAUUUUGGAACUCUCCAGAAAUACCUGAUGUUGGAGACGAUGUCCCAAUUGAAAGGGAAGAUUGAUAUGUUUUUAAUGUAAGAUAAUGGUGGUUUUUAGUCCAGACAACAUAUAAAAUUGUACUGUUAGA